AAAAAAAAAAAAAAAAAAAAGAUCUAAAUGAUAUAAAGCUACACACAACUGUCGAAGAGCCUUCCUUUCUUCUUUUUUUUUGCUUAUUUCAAAAUGAGUUCAUUGGAAUCGGAAUGCACUGAUCCUUCGUCAUGUCAAACAAAGACUCGGCCUUCUGGAAUAUACAACCUAUUUAACAAUAGCGACAAACCAUUAAAUGCAUUUAUCAUUACGUCAAAACCCCCACCAAUUACCUAUACAACAGAUACAGUUGCCGAAAAUACAUACCACGACUUUACACCUUCAUCCUUGGGUCGCUCCUCUGCUUAUUUUACAGCAUCGUUGCCAAAUAGUGAUACUUGGUCUUACCAAGAUCAAGUAGACCCUUCCCUGUACGACUUAUCCAGAACAAAUUCAACUUCGAGCUAUUUAGACAAUCAAAGUGAUUAUGAAGUUAUUCUAGACGACGGUUCAAGACAAAAACGUACAAUUUCUUUGUCCACAAUUAAGCAAAUAUCUUCGAGACAACACAUCCCAUCCACACCAUCUUUUAUAGAUAAUCUCAUAUCCAAAGACAGAAGCAGGCACAGUAAAUCAAAGGAGACAACUCGAUUGCUGCCACAUGACGGCAAAAAUCUUCAUAUGCCAUUAUCAUUAUCAUCAGACAGCGAAGAUAAUGAUGAUGAUGACGAUGAUAAUAAUAUUACGUAUCCUUCCAAACGAUCUUCUGGUGGUAUGUUGAAGCGUCUUUAUCGAAAGUUAAACCAAUGGCGACAUCAUCAUUUGACAUUAUCGCACCAGCAGAAAAUGGUGCUCAAAUGUAGUUUUGCCUACAUGAUUGGAUCGUUGUUUACCUUUGUACCUACCUUAAACGCCCUGUGUGGUACUCACAUUGCUAGUCAUAUGGCUGCAACAGUGACAAUCUUCUUUAACCCCGCCAAAUCCGUCGGUGGCAUGGUCGAAGCGGCAGGUUUUGGUUGGCUAUAUACUAUAGCUGCUCUCACACUCAGUAUUGCAAGCAUGUACACCACGGAUUUUUUCUUGGAACAUCAGAUGCCUACCAUAGCGGCCGUAAUAUCUUUAGGUGUGUGGCUUGCAGGUAGUACAUUUGUUAUUUCGUACUUGAAAGCAAAAAUCAAUACACCAAGUAUUUUGACAGCCUCUGGCUUAGCCUUUAUUAUAUUGUUUACCGUAAUUGUGCGUCAAGGUUCAGGUACAGAAACAGAGUUUGAUUUUGACAUUAUCACCGAAACCUUUUCAAUUGUUGCCAUUGGUUCUGCCAUUUCUGCCAUUGUCUGUAUCUUUAUCUGGCCCAUGUCAGCUUCACAAAAAUUACGUUCAAACAUUGAUGCCAGUUUGUCAUCGACCAAGAUACUUUUAAAGCUCUUGACCAAGACAUUUUUACUGGAUGCUGAUCUGCCUGAAUUUGCGGCCAACAAGACUUUAGAAACAGCCCUCAAAUCUCAUCGUACCAGUUUCACUUCGUUAAAACCUGCCUUAAAAGAAGCUAAUCUUGAGUUUUAUAAUUUGGCCAUGAAGAAGCACGCGGAUGGAUAUCAUAAAAUUGUGGAAAGUUUGGAAAGAUUAGCACAACAUGUAGGCGGGUUAAAAAGCAGCUGUGGAUUACAGGUAGAAGUCAUGCAUCAAACAAGGCCAAGUUAUUAUGGUGCAAUUCCUCCUAAUUCCUCUUCACGACAAGAAAAAGAGACUUAUAACUUGAAAGCAGGUCCUCAGCGCAAGAAAAUGGAGACUGAACUGAAACGUGAAAAACAAGACAGUAAGACUACAGCUGAAGCAACUACAUCCACAUCUUAUUUCGAUAUUAUCAGUGAAAACCCUAUUACAGGCAACGAAGGUAAUAAUAAAGGGAGACCUGAGAAAAAAGAAGGUGCGCUUGUUCAGUUUAUUCAGACAGUCAGAUCACCAAUGAAAUCAUUAGCCUAUACAUGUAAGCAAACCAUCAUUCACUUGCAGGCGCGAUUUUUGAAGAAGACCACACAUGCCACACCUUCGUUUGUAUUGAUGCGACAAAACUUAGCGAGCGCUAUAGAAUUAUUUGAAACAUCUCAGCAUCAAGCAAUGAUACGUUUUUAUCAACGAAGGUUCAAAAAAUACCACCGUAAUAUAAAGACAAGUGACAACUUGCAUACACUUUUCUUGGAACAACAGCAAGAGUUUCCUGCGGAUGACAUAUUUUUGGUUUACUUUUUUGUGUUUUGUUUAUUGGAAUUUGCUAAAGAGCUCAUGACAUUAGUGGAGAGUGUUCAGUUAGUGUUUGAAGAUAUGGAAGAAAUGGAUAAAACAAAUAGUGUCUUUGCUUGGGCUAAAUUUUUGUUUACCAAAAACGCUUAUCGUCAAGAAGUGUAUGAUACCCAAGACAUGUUUAUUCCAAACAAUAAUCAUACGAUAAACACACUACAUACUCCAGAACCUAAAACAAGGUUGCGAAGGUUUUUGCUGAAGCUUUGGGGCUUUUUCUCAGAAUUCAGAACAUACCGUGUAAAAUUUGCAUUUAAAUCCAUGCUGACUGCUGAGCUUAUUUCGGUAUUAGCCUUUAUUCCUGCCACACGACCUUAUUUCACAGACUUCAAAAUGGAAUGGACGUUAAUUACUGUCAUGGCGGUCAUGAUGCCGACAGUAGGCGGAACUAAUCUAGGUGCUGUGUUGCGUAUCUUUGCGACUGUCCUGGGAUGUAUUCUUGCCGCUGUUAUUUAUACUAUCUUUCAUGAUAACACAUUCAUGUUAUGGUUGUUCACUUGGCUCAUUUCAAUACCUAGUUUUUGGAUGAUUCUAAAUCAUAAACAUGGUAGGUUUGGUUUAUUUACCUUACUGGCGUAUAACCUGGUAGUAUUGUACAAGUUCAACCAUAGUGAUGAUGAUAGCAUCAAUGUAUUUACAUUGACUUGGAUGCGAUGUGCAGCGGUAUCUCUAGGUGUGGUAAUUGGGCUUAUUGUCACAGCUUAUGUUUGGCCUUAUGAGGCGCGAACACAAGUUCGAAAGGGUCUCUCUGAUUUGCUGCUACGACUUUCGUGGCUAUACAAGCAGCUGGUGUCGGUGUAUUCAGAGGAUGGGGAAGAGGACUAUACACAGCUAAGCAGACAUAUAGAUACUCAAUCUAAAGAUUUAGUAUACCCUCUAUCUCUAUUGACUAGACGUAACAAAGCACGAGCUAUUGCUUUACAAAAGAUUGAACUCUCCAUCCAACUAAACAUAUUUGAUCUUCAAGUGCUUCUUCAACAUGCACCGAACGAACCUCGAUUAAAAGGGCCGUUUCCAGCUAAAGCCUACGGUGCCAUGAUUGAUUGCUGCCAGAGUAUUUUAGAUAAAUUUUUAUCGCUACGUAUAGUGAUUUUAAAAGAUGUAUGGGCGAUCCAUGUGCGACGUAAUUUUUUGAUGCCUGCUUCACACGAAUUUAUGGAGAUGGCGGGUAAUGUGUUCUUGUACUUUUAUUUAUUAGCAUCGGCUUUGCAGUUAAAGACGCCGUUGCCACCGUAUUUGCCACCUGCCGAAAAGACAAGACAGCUACUGAUGCACAAGCUUCAACAGUUGCCAUUGGUGAUGGAAGAAUCUAUACAACAACAUCGUCUAGGAAAAGAGAAAAGAGACGAAUGCUACAUGGUCUAUUAUGCCUAUGUAGUAUUGAUGGAAAACAUUAUCCGUGAACUAGAUAUGUUGGGAGGUCAUAUGAAGGAUCUGUUUGGAUCAUUGGUUCCAGCCGAUCAAUGGGCGAGAUGCUUUGGACAAGGGUUGGAUUUAGAACAAAAUGAUUACAUUAAAUAAAUACACUACCCUCAGACCUCCUCUUCCCCUUUGUGAUAUUUAUGCAAAUUAAGAUAAUAUUUAAUAAAUCAGGAUUUUUGUUUUUU